AAAAAGAAAUAAUCGAGGAAGCCCACACAACUCCAAAUUGAUUUUAAAGCUCAACUUCGUCAAUGUCUUAACAUCGGUUACAGUUUUUCAAUACCAGAAAAACUCUCAGUCACCGGACGUCAAAUCUCGCCGGAAUUAGGUCAAAGGAGAGAGAAAAACAAUGGAGUGGGUCAGAGAUCAAGUCGAUGCUAUCAAAUCAAUUCAGAUCAGACAACUUCUCAAUCAAGCUGUUAGUCUUGGAAUGAUUGUUACCUCUGCACUGAUAAUAUGGAAGGCCUUGAUGUGCUUUACCGGGAGUGAAUCUCCCGUCGUUGUUGUCCUUUCUGGAAGCAUGGAACCGGGCUUCAAGAGGGGAGAUAUAUUGUUCUUGCAUAUGAGCAAGGAUCCUAUUCGUGCAGGGGAGAUAGUUGUAUUUAAUGUUGAUGGCCGUGAAAUUCCAAUUGUCCAUCGAGUUAUCAAGGUUCAUGAACGUAAAGACACUGGCGAAGUUGACGUCCUUACGAAAGGUGACAACAAUUAUGGUGAUGACCGGCUUUUGUACGCUCAUGGUCAACAGUGGCUUCAACGACACCAUAUAAUGGGCCGAGCUGUAGGGUUCCUACCAUAUGUUGGCUGGGUCACGAUCAUCAUGACUGAAAAGCCAGUGAUCAAGUAUUUAUUGAUAGGUGCCUUGGGAUUACUUGUUAUUACUUCAAAGGACUGACAAUUUAGAUGAAAGUAGCUGGUUCGGAUUACUGCCACACUCAAGAAUGGUUUUCCUGUGGCUUAGCAGCAUUGAUACAUGUAGUUUUUAAUGUCUUACAUGUCUGUUUGACAGACACAUAAUGUCGAAGCUUUGUAUGAUGAUUUUGUCAAAUAUACGCAGACAGAUAUUCUGCCGAAAAUUCACAGUUUAUGUUGUUGAUUGGUAUGACCCUGCAACCA